AUGGCAGCGGCGGCGGAGGCGCAUAGGGUGCUGGUGUACGGAGGCAGAGGGGCCCUGGGAGCCAAAUGCGUGCAGUAUUUCAGAGCCAAGCACUGGGUAACCACCGGCAGAGCGGGCUGGGCACUCGGUGCCAUUGCUGUAUGGCUUGGGUGGGUUGCCAGCAUUGACCUAGCAGAAAAUGAAGAAGCUAAUGCCAAUGUUGUUGUGAAAAUGACGGACUCCUUCACUGAGCAAGCAGAUCAGGUGACAGCAGAUGUUGGAAAACUUCUGGGUGAACAGAAGGUGGAUGCUAUCCUGUGUGUAGCUGGAGGAUGGGCAGGUGGCAGUGCAAAAGCUAAAUCUUUAUACAAAAAUUCUGACCUUAUGUGGAAACAGAGUGUUUGGACGUCAACUAUUUCCAGUCACUUAGCCACAAAACAUCUGAAAGAAGGAGGCUUAUUGACUCUGACUGGAGCAAAAGCUGCUUUGGCUGGAACUCCAGGGAUGGUUGGGUAUGGCAUGGCAAAAGGAGCAGUACAUCAGCUUUGUCAGAGUCUAGCUGGUGCGAACAGUGGCUUGCCAUCUAGGUCUGCUGCUCUUGCUGUUCUGCCGGUUACCUUGGAUACACCAGUGAACAGGAAAUCAAUGCCUGACGCAGAUUUCAGCUCCUGGACACCCCUAGAAUUCCUUGCUGAAACCUUUUAUGACUGGAUCAUAGGGAAGAACAGACCAAGCUCAGGCAGCCUAAUCCAGGUGGUAACCACAGGAGGGAAGACAGAACUAGCUGCCGCACAUCUUUGAGACUGAUCAGUUUGAUUGUGAAAACACAGCAAAUGAGAAGGUUGUAACAUUCUAGUCAAGUUUGGGUGGUCUUCUGUAUCCAGUGAUUCUAUUAUCUUGUUUGUGAAACAAGAUGUUGACUAAUGUUUCUCUGUUCUUAGAUGCAAGCUAUGUUCCUUUACCAAAAGGUAUCCAUUGUCUUCUCUAUAUAUCAAGGCUGUAGAUUUUAAAAUCUCAAAUGUCCUAAUCUUGAGCAUUCUCUAGGGGGUUACCUCUAUUCUUUAAAAUUAGGCAAACAGUGGUGGCUAUGUAUCAGAAAUUGUGCUUAAUGAUGUGAUGUACCUACAUUUAUAACUGUCAAGUUCUGUCUCAGUUGUCUUUUGUGCAACUGUUUUUGUCCAUUUUAGCAAUAUCGUUGUCUUCUAAUAUCCUAACUCUAGGGUUUUUUUGUUGGACAAGAUAUAAAAUAAAAUCACUGCAGCCCUAUGAAAAGCCCAAACCUGCUACCCCUUUUCCUGUGAGUAUUCUAUACCAGUUCAAGUUGUCCCAUUGGAGCCAGUGGGACUGAAUAAAGGUUACUUGCACAAGAUGGAGUUGCAAGAUUAGAGCCCUUAAAUUGCCUUAAAGCUUUCAAAAGGGCUGUCAGCCCAACAAUUAUUGUGGGGUGUUUUCUGUCCCAAAUAAUUGAUUUACGAUAUUAUAAAUGUGUCUUGUGUAACUCCUGUUGGCUCUUUACUAUCUGAAGGAGCAAAAGUGCCCUAAGGAAAUAUAAAUAGAACACACAGACUAUUGUUAGACUAUAGAGGAUUUUGGGCUAAAUAAAUAUGUAUUGUUUUA